AUGAAAGAGGGAGAAAUUGUUGAUUGGUUUUUGAUGGAUUCAGUGUUGGGGGAUACUUUCUAUAAGGAAUGCAGAACUGAGGUUGCUGAAUAUCCAAUGGCUAUUUCUGUUUCUUCAUAUUUUGGAUUGAAAGAUAGGUAUAAAUUGGCAGAAAUAUUAUACGAAACUUAUUGUAGCCCUUCUGUGAUGUUUGUAAAUCAGGGUAGAGCUUCUUUGAGGAGAUAUGCCAGAACUGGUGUUGAUGUUAGCAUUGGAGCAGGUGUUGCCUGUGUUUUACCUGUGGUGGAUGGAAAAAUAAUUAAGGAAAAUAUCAAAAAGUUAAAUGUAAAUGGAAAUGAUUUAACAAAUUAUCUUGGGCAAUUAAUUGCCAAAAAGGGAAUUUCAACUGGUACUGAACUGGAUCCAAAGUAUUGUGAAGGUGUAAGGAAUAUUGAUACCAUCAAGGCAAAGUGUUUCCUUCUAGAUGAAUAUAUUGAAGAAAGCACAACACCAGAGCAAUCUUUCACUUUUGAUGACUGCACUAUUUCCCUUGGAAAGGAACUGUAUCAAGCUCCAGAACCUCUAUUCCAACCUCAUUUGAUUGGUAAGGAUUGCCCAGGAUUGGCUGAAGUUAUUCAUUCAUGCAUUAGCUCUUGUGAAGUGGAUACUAGAGAACAAUUGUAUCAGAAUAUUGUCUUUUCAGGUGCUUCUUCUCUCUUUAAAAAUUUGGCUCAAAGAUUAAAGAAGGAGUUAGGCGAGCUUGCCCCAAAUAAUUACAAAAUUGGUGUUACAGCCCCUCCAGAAAGCAAGUAUAGCGUAUGGAUGGGUACAUGCGCUGAAGCUGAAAGCUUUUACAACCACGACAAGUGGGUCACCCGUGAAAUGUAUGAAGAACAAGGUGAGGCAAUAACUUCAAAAUUCUCCACCACUAUUUGUUAA